GGCUUACCCUAGUCUCGCAGCCCCAUUUUUGUUUCUCUCACUCCUAUUUCUCAUUUAUCUUUCUCUAAUCUGUCAACGCCAAUCUCUUCGCCUCCCUCCAUGAUUAUCGCCAUCCUAGCCAUAGCCGAUGAAGAUGAGUGGUUGCUUCUGUAAUUGUAUAGGCACCCAUUACUCAGAGUCGUGUGCUACAUGCCCAUGAGAAUAUUGAGACCGUGAAAUCGCAAGGUGACUGCAAAAAAAAUCAAAUCUUCAUAUAAAGGGUCUAGGGGGGAAUUAAGAUCAAGAGGUGUAUUCAGAUGGUGUAGACUAUGGCAUUGGCAACUCAUCCAUUGAAGGGUUCUUGUGACACUUUCCCAUCCGUGCCUUCAUUGUGGAGCAGAGGGAGCAAGUUAAAGCAUUGUGUACCAGCAUUCGGUGUUGUUGAGAGAAAAGAUAGGUUUGUAUCCUUGAAAUGCAGAUCAUGUUCAAGUAUAGGAGCUUCUGUUGUCCUUGGACCAAAGUCAAAACCAUUCAAAGUAUCAGCAUUCAAAGACUACCAGUUUGAUGAUUCUAACAAUGGCAGACCUAAUAGCUCAGAGUACCUUAAAAAUGCUGUUAAAGUUUCCUAUUUGAAACAUAAGAGUGAAGAAUCUUCAGUGGAAUCUUCGAAGUUACAGAAUGAUGAUCCUGCUCCUCACACGGCAGCUGUUGAAUCAGCAACCAGAUCACUGGCUAUUCAGAACUUAUUCAAGAGUUGGUUGAUGUUACUGCAUGCACCAUCACAAACCCAAGAAGCAGAUAAAGUUCUUGAAGAAUCGUCAGUGGUAAAAACAUCAGAAAUGGCAAAUACUCCAGUAAAGCAAAAAGGUGAAUUUCUGAAGGCAGUUUGGUGCCGUAUUUUGAGCCUGGAUACAACAAUCAGGAUACCCUUUUUACUCUUCACUCCACUAUACCUUGCUGUCAACCUUGUAUACGGAAUGGAAGUAUCGAAAGAAUUGACUCCCUUGUGGAUUCUCGGACCAAUAGUUGUUGCUGCUAAUGUAAAGAUGUUCCGAGCAUUAUGUGGGCUCUAUGCAUUCUGCUUUAAACAGACAGUCAAUGUAAUCAAGAACUUGCCUAUCUAUUACUCGCUGGUGCAUGAUCAUGUAGUUCAUGGAAAGCUAAAAGAAGCCAUGAGAAUACAUGUAUUGCAACCUGUAGCAGACAUAAGAAACAUGAACUACAAUGAAGUAACUAGGAGAACAAUGAAGGAUUUGCAAGGGUGGCUGGUUGAGAGACAGUUGGAUCUCAUUGAAUUAGUAUGGCCGUACUAUUGCAGAACAAUCAGGUUUCUGAAGAGUACAAAUCUGAUAUAGGGUUGAGUGUCUUCCAAGAUAUCUUGUCAAAGGAGUAUGAAAACUCAGGAACCUUCCUCUUCCCCUCGCCGGAUUCAUUUUCCUGUUCUUGGGCUCGUUCAUUUUUUACCGGGUGAGAUAUUCAGACAGGCACAUUUGAUGAAACCCCUUUCUGUACUCAGGUUCUUCUCUAGAGCAGUUAGAGGGAAUUGCAGCCUUUGAGGUAUGUAGGAUCGCUAUAUUUGUACUCGUUCAUAUCUCAAGUUACGCACAUUCUUGAUUGGCAUGUGUAGAGACUACGAAAAUCACUAUAUAUAUAGCUAGAUAGAUAGAUAGAUAUAUGCAUAAUGCAUCUAUUGUUUGGGAAGUCCUUAGAGAUAAACUGUUGGCUGGUGUCGUAAUGAGCCAGGUGAUGUGGAGGCAACAUUUGGGACGUUCUUUGUAAGAGAAAAACUCUUGGCUUGUGUCGUAAUGAGCCAGGUGAUGUGGAGGCAACAUUUGGAGUAAGAUAAAAUGUACGUGUAGAGUGUUAGUUUUGGAGUUUAGAGAUAAAAUGUUAUUUGUAUUAGAGGAAUCGAAUGCAUAAGUCAUAGCUUUGAUUAA